AUGUGCUUCACGGCCCUCUUCACGGCCGAGUUCGCUUUGAGGCUUUACGCCUGCGACAGCAUCGCCGAAUUCGCAACAAAUGGUUUCAACAUCAUCGACUUCCUGGCUGUCUUUCCGGGGUACUUGAGCCUCCUUGGCGUCAUGCUCCGCCAGGAUGCACACCAAAACCACUCCUUUGCCCACAUUGGCCAGGCCACCAGAUCCAUGCGAUCCCUGCGCAUGGUGCGGGUUGUGCGCAUGGUCCGCGUCUUCCGCGUGAUGCGCGUCUGCAAAGUCGCGCGGCACUCCGAAGCGCUGGCCGUGACCUUUAUGGUCUUCCUCAAGGUGCUCUUGUUCAGACUUGGUGACCCCGACCUUUGA